UGCUCCUUUGGAAAAAAACUGUACCAGCCUACCAUCGAACAGAACAUAUUCGUGUUCCCCUUGCCCAAACGGAUAUGAUGCUGAACCAGGGAUAAACGAUUGCAUUGAUAUAAACGAAUGCAACUCGUCCAAUCUCUGCGACCAUAUGUGCCUCAAUACUGAAGGAAGUUACUCGUGCGAUUGCAAGCAAGGAUUCCGAGUCGAUGCAAAUAACGAACAUAAAUGUAUCGAUAUCAACGAAUGCAACGAGGCUUCUGACAACUGCACUCAGAUCUGCAACAACACGAUAGGCGGCUUUCUCUGCAGAUGUCAUUCCGGUUUUACCUUCGAGAUGUCUAAUUGGACAUGUGUACCAGAUGAUUCUGACCCAUGUGCUAGAUCAACACUCAACUGCACUCAAACCGCGGGCUGUACCCUUGAUACGAACAACGCAACCACGUGCUUCUGUGAUGCAGGAUUUAUUUUUAACAAAAUAUCACAUCAAUGCCAAGAUGUCAACGAAUGCUCUCAACAUAUUUGUGCACAAGACUGCACGAACACGAUUGGCAGUUUUCAGUGCAGCUGCAUUGCGGGUUACCAGCUAGUAAACAAGGUAUCAUGUGAACUAUGUGAGGUGCCAAACUGGGGUUUGAACUGUUCACAAACUUGCGACUGUACCGGACGAGGUGCCGAGAGAUGCGAUCCUGUCAGAGGCUGCGUCUGUUCCAAUGGAUGGACAGGAAGUUCAUGUGACGAUGACGUCGACGAAUGCAAGGAGCAUCCUGGAGUAUGCGAAGAUGCUAGGAAGUCCUGUACUAACAACAUUGGCUCGUACAGCUGUGAUUGUUUGAAAGGAUACGUUAAAGAUGCUGUAGGAAAUUGCCGAGAUAUAGAUGAGUGCUAUGAUCCACAGUUGAACGAGUGUAGUCAGACGUGUUUGAAUGCUGAAGGCAGCUACACUUGUGGAUGUAAACCCGGCUACACAGAAGUCAAUUCGACACAUUGUACAGACAUUAAUGAGUGCGAUCUAAACUUGGCGGACUGUGAACAGAUGUGCGAAAACCAUCCAGGAUAUUACAACUGUUACUGCUAUUUCGGAUACAGGCUCAACGACGACAGGAAUACAUGUAGUAAAGUGAAGGAUUUUUGCAAGGAACUUAACAAUCUAACAUGCGCCGGCUAUUGUGAGGUACGAAACAAAACAGCAUCAUGUCAGUGUCAACAAGGAUUUGAACUUGCCCCUGAUAAACAAAAUUGUGCAGAUGUCGAUGAAUGUGAAGAUGGCAAUAAAUGUUCAACAGGAGCCAACUGUAUGAACACUGUCGGCUCAUUUGUGUGUGAAUGUCCUGUCGGUAUGAAGCUGCAAAAUAACAAAAGAACAUGUAUAGAAUGUGACAAUUAUCACUACGGCAAAGAUUGUUCACUUACGUGUUCGUGUAUCAACGGUGUGUGUAAUAGUACUGUAGGCUGCGUGUGUGGUCCGGGCUGGACAGGGAUAAGUUGCGACGUUGACGUCGACGAAUGCAGAAAUAACCAGGUGGUCUGCAAUGAGACUAAUACCCACUGUUUGAACACGCCGGGCAGCGCCUCGUGUGUCUGUCAAGAGGGCUACACGAAAAACAUAGCAUCGGGAAAGUGCGAAGAUAUGAACGAAUGCCAGACUUCUUUCAUGAACACGUGUGAUCAAGAUUGCAUCAACACACCCGGAAGUUAUCUUUGUAGGUGCAGAGAAGGUUUUGUUUUCAAAAAUGGAAAAUGUAACGAUAUUAACGAAUGCCUAGGCGGGAACGAAUGUCAACAACAAUGUGUUAACACUAUUGGUAGCUACAGAUGCUCUUGUGAAUCGGGAUUCGUUCUUGAACUUACCGACCGAAAGUCUUGCAUUGCUGAGACAAAGUGUACGUUAAAUCAAGCUGCUAACUGCUCUGGUAAUGCUACUUGUUCUGUUUCCGACGACGAGGUAAUAUGUGUUUGUCCUAAUGGAUACAACGGGACUUAUUGUACAGACAUCGACGAGUGUGAAAAUGGUAAGGAAACAUGUGACCAAAAUUGUAAAAAUACCGAAGGUGGAUUCAAUUGCGAGUGUCAAGUUGGAUAUUUCCUGGAAAACGAUUAUGCCACGUGCACAGAGUGCAUGAACUGGACAUACGGUGAGAUGUGUUCCAGAGAAUGUAAAUGCAAUUUGACCAAUACUGAGACUUGCAAUCCAACAAACGGAAAUUGUACGUGUUUGAAAGGUUGGCAUGGUGGACUGUGCAACGAUGACGUCAACGAAUGUACGUCCCUUUCAAACGAGUGUCCCACCAAUUCCCAAUGUAUAAACUUAUCAGGCAGUUUUACAUGCGAAUGUGACGCUGGAUAUCUCAAGAACAGCUCUGGUCUGUGUCAAGCGUGUCCUCAAGGUCGUUUUGGCAAAGGCUGUACAAGCACCUGUUUGUGUGAUAUGGCACAUACAUCCGUGUGCAAUCCAGUAAACGGGAGCUGUACGUGUGACGCAGGAUGGACUGGCCCCGAAUGUAAAACAGAUGUCGACGAGUGUGUGUCAGCUAAUGGCUUCAAAUGUCCUGCAAACUCGACAUGCGUCGAUGCUAUUGGUAGUUACAAGUGUGAUUGUGACCCGGGUUUCAAAAUGAGCAGCAAAGGCAAUAGCUGUACAGAGUGUUCAAACAACACUUACGGAAUGAAAUGUUUCAAUACGUGCGCAUGCGUUAAGGAGCACACACUUUCCCACACCCAGUCAUGUGACACUAUCAAUGGAACAUGCAAGUGCACUGGGAACUGGACGGGGAAUACUUGCCAAAUCGAUGUAGACGAGUGCCAAGAAGAUGUGUGUAAGGAUCAAAACGCCGUAUGUGUCAACACUGAUGGUUCUUAUGCUUGCUACUGCAAGAAAGGCUUUGUAAAAGACGAUGUUACCAAAACGUGUUCGAAUGUUGCGACUGUUCCAGGAAAGAAAAUAGACCUGCAGGUCACACUGAAAAUUGAAGAUCGGAGUGUAAAUCUUACAUCAGACAGGGAUUUUGCAGUGGUUGCUCAAAAAGUUACAUUAUCGCUAAGAAUCUACCUGAUGCGGUUUAUUACUAAUUUCAAAAUUGUCAUAAACGAUCUACGGAACGGAAGCAUAGUUGUAGAUUUCACGCUUGUCUACGACACUGCUGAUGGGGUUACAAAAGUACUUGUCGAUCUUGCAAAUGGAACAAACUUCACGUAUGACAGAAUGCCUGUUAAAGUCAUUUCAGAACAACUUUCUAACGCGACCGUGCUUUGUGGAUUGUACGAGAAGAUUAGAGGUCCCUGUGAAUACGGGACGGCGUGUAACGUCACAGGCGGUGUGCCUUCGUGCGUAGCGAACAUUGUGCCAACGGACAAUGUCAAGCUGAUCAUAGGUGUUUCUGUGGCGGGAGGUCUGAUUCUGGGUAUAGGAAUUUGUACAUCGAUAUGUAUUGUGAUCAAAAGGAAAGCGAGGAACGCCGAAAAGCAUAGCCAAAGGCGGGAUAACCUCAAUCGAUUCGAUGGACAAGGUGGCCAGGUAUUUUCGAGAUCGCCAUUCAAAGAAGUUCACCAAGGAAAUGAACCAAAGGCCCCAAAGUAUAGAACAUGGCGAUCCAUGGCGCUGUCUUUCAGGCAGGAUGCCGUUAAGAUUCCGAGAAUAGUCCCGGAAGAGAACCCAGGUACUACUGGGUGAUGAUAUACAGAACAAAGGAAAUAAAUGCCAAGAAAUUAAAAACUAUUGAACAAGUUUUUCUAGAUUUGCUGUGAAUUUCGACUCAACCAAAUCAGGUUCAAAGUGUAUAUAUACAUAAUUUUCAUUUUGUUUUAUUAUAUUUGAACUCUGAAUCUGAAACCAUUAUUGUAUAUUGAUUUUAAUACUUGUCUAAGGACUAUUAUGAAAUGUCACAUGAAAUUUUCAUCGUUUGAAAAAUAUGCUUUGUAUAGUUUAGUGUUAAUAUUUAUUUGCUUUGUUAGCUGUUGUUGUUUUUUCAAUUUAUGGUUUGAAUAAUGUAACAUGACGACUACUGUAGAACUACCAAUAAUAUUUGUAAAACAUUUAAUAAAGAUGGAUAUUAUUAAAAUACAAAAACUCAUUUCACACGUUUGCUAUUAUUGAUUGCCGUCACAGGGAUUCUAUUAUUUUAUAAUUGAAAAAAGAGAUUAUAACUUACUUAUUCAUUACAUUGAUUAACGAAGUGACCAGUACUUUAUAAUUUACAAAAAUAAACAAAAAUGCCAUUUAUAUAUACGCUAUAAAUUAAAAUGGUCACUUCGUAUUUGUAUAGGAUGUGGUUAUCUUUUGUGAGAAUGUUUUCUUCGAUACGAUGAUGUAUGAACUUUAUUUGUUGUUGGGCGUCGUUUACUUUGUUUAAUAAAUAAUACUAAUAAUAACGUGUUUCAUAUACAGGCGUAACUCAUAUUUCAUGUAA